CCAUGGAUAAAGGGCACACGUUACCUCAAGACUUCUGGGAGCUGCUGCAUUGCCUGAGGAUGAGGAGCAAAUACGCCAUCCUCCUGGUGUUUGUGGUAGCCCUUGUCAUUAUUGAGAAGGAGAACAACAUCAUCUCAAGGUAGGAGGGGGAAAGGAGAGCUGUGCUGGAAGAGAGGCUUUCUCUGUUUCCUAGCGUAGCCUUCAGGCUGCAGCUAUAUCUUACCACCUUUGCAGGUCCCAACUUGCUACCACCAUCUCUCCGGCCUUUUGGAACAAGGGUGUCCGACAAACUAAAGCAGUCUCCGCAGUCCUUGAUGGAAGCCAACAGCACGGACUCUGGCUCGGUGCUGUCAGAGAAUGGCUCCCUGCUGUCCUUGAGCGAGCUGGAUGCGGCUUUCUCCCAGCUCAGGAACCACCUUCAGAAUAUCACUUUGCAGCUCGGGGGGACUUUGCCAGCGCCUGUUCAGGGAACCCGGAGACACAUUCUUCUCAUGGCUACCACCCGCACCGGCUCCUCCUUCGUGGGGGAAUUCUUCAACCAACAGGGCAACAUCUUCUACCUCUUCGAGCCGCUGUGGCACAUUGAAAGGACUGUGUCCUUUGAGACCGGAGGCGCCAAUGCCGUGGGCUCAGCCCUUGUCUACCGGGACGUCUUGAAGCAGCUCUUCCUCUGCGACCUCUACAUCUUGGAGAACUUCAUCAUCCCGUUCCCGGAGGACCACCUGACGCAGUUCCUGUUCCGCCGUGGCUCCAGCCGCUCCCUGUGCGAGGAGCCCGUCUGCACGCCGUUCGUCAAGAAGGUCUUUGAGAAGUACCACUGCAAGAACCGCCGCUGCGGCCCCCUCAACGUAACCCUGGCCAUGGAGGCCUGCCGCCGUAAGGAGCACAUGGCGCUGAAGGUGGUGCGGAUCCGGCAGCUGGAGUACUUGCGCCCACUCGUCGAGGACCCUCGCUUAGACAUGAGGAUCAUUCAGCUGGUGAGGGACCCCCGGGCGGUGCUGGCUUCCCGCAUGGUCGCUUUCUCCGGGAAGUACGAGACGUGGAAGAAGUGGGCCACGGAAGGCGCGGCGACCCUCAAUGAGGAUGAGGUGCAGCGGCUGCGGGGGAAUUGCGAGAGCAUCAGGCUCUCGGCAGAGCUUGGAUUGAGGCAGCCGGCUUGGCUCCGCGGCCGCUACAUGCUGGUCCGCUAUGAGGACAUUGCCAGGUCACCCCUCCAGAAGGCCAAGGAGAUGUACCGAUUCUCGGGCGUUGCCAUCACCCCGCAGGUAGAGGAGUGGAUCCGGAAGAACACCCAGGCGCCUCACAACAGCAACGACAUCUACUCCACCCAGAAAAACUCCUCAGAGCAGUUCGAGAAGUGGCGCUUCAGCAUCCCUUUCAAGCUCGCCCAGGUGGUGCAGAACGUCUGCAGCCCGGCCAUGAAACUCUUCGGCUACAAGCUGGCCAGCAGCCCUGAGGCCCUUACGAACAGAUCGGUCAGCUUGCUGGAGGAGAGGAGGACCUUUUGGGUCACGUAAAGGCACCACUUUGCCGGUGGAUUUUUCCACACCAUAGCUUUCUUGUCGGAUUAGAAAAGCCGGAGCGCAAGAAUUGUUGGAGGGGAAACAGCAUGUAGCGCAAAGGGUGGAGAGGGGGGAUGCCUUCGGCUAGCGUGCUUCGUGCUUCUGCUUACCUUGCGUUCGCCGUCCUCGCACCGAGGUGCUUUCUGCUUUUUCUGGGAGCAGGCGUCACCUGCCUUUCAAAUCCCAGGCCCCUUGAUGGAUUUGUGAGGUGGCUGAGCUUCAAUACGAAGGAGAGUUCAGAAGCUGGCACAGGUUGGAGCGUGAAGUGCUGGGUUCUGCUUUCCCUACCUCAUGUUCACAUCCUCCUCAGCAGAGGAGGGCCUUUCUCUUAAUGCCUGGGGCAUUUGUUCACUAAACACCCAAAGAGGGAAAAUUUUCUAUUUUUGAAAGUUAUUAAAAAGGAAGAAGAAAA